CUUUCCAACACUAGUAUUUGGGAAUAAUAUAUUAUAACUCACUUCAAAAUGAAUUUGAGUUUUCAGGACUUGUACAAAAAGGGUCUGGAUAUAGGCGAGCAGCAAAGGCGGCGCCAAAAGGACCUUCUUAAGCAACAGAAGCUGCGCCGCCAGCAGGAACAGGAUGACUCCCGCCCCCUGCAAAAGACCGGGAAAACGCAGGCAAAGAAGAAAAGCAGAAAACGUGCCGGCCACCAGAAGGGAAUCCCCUGGAGACCACAACUUUCCGAGUGGUUGCGCCACAAGCCCGAGGAUCUCAACGAGUGGCUGCUGGUUCCCUGUCCCACGGGCAAAAGAUGCCUUGUGGUGGCCAGCAGUGGGAUCACAAAAGCGUAUUCCAAAAGCGGCUGGAUGUUCAUGGAGAUGCGAUCUUCUCUGCCCGGCGAUUGGCAGCUGCAAAAGUCCCAAACAGUCCUUGACUGCGUUUACGUGGAGGAUGCAGACACCUUCUAUGUGUUGGAUGCCAUCUCCUUUGGUCAGCAGAAUUUGCAGGAUUGCCAGGCAUCCUUCCGUUUCUAUUGGCUGCGCGCUCGCUUCGAAGAGAACGAUUUUGCCAAGAUUGGCGAGCACAACGAGAAGCCAUUUGUCCUACUAGAUCACCACGACUUCGAGGACACCUCUGCUGUGGAGCAGGUCCUGCAAAAAUACCCCAUUUUCCCGGAAAACAAGCCUCCUUUAGAUGGUUUCCUGUUCUAUCACAAAGAUUCUAGUUAUGUGUGCCAAGUCACACCCUUGGUUUGCUGGCUAUUCCCCUUUAUGAUGCAGGAUUUGCUAGGUCUACCCGUAAAUUCAUCUUACACAUCUCCAGAGGACUACCAGUCAAGCCAGGCUCUUCAUUACAUGGACGAGUUCGACCGCAAACUAGCAGAGCAGAGAAAGCAAUUCAAGGAGCAGAAAAAGGCAGCUAAUGUGCAAGAGUCGCAGCAUAACACAAUGGAAGCGGAGGAGGAAGCUGAUAGCGAUGAGUUUGCCAGCCUGAAAGGAGUCCUCGAUCAUCAGCGGCGUCUGGAGCUCGGGGAAUUCGACAUGGACUGUGCGGAACCGCCGACAGCUGAUGUCUGCUAAGCGAAAUGGGUGGCGGUGUGGGGGUGGCUUUCCUGCGCAGGCGCUUUGAAAACGCUGCCCUGGACAAACGGCCUCAGCUCGCGCCCAGGAAAACCAGCCCAGAUUGCGGCCAGCCCAUAAUCAGCAAACCAAA